GGAACUUGACUGACUGUUUCCAAGGAGACCACCGAUACUACUUAGCGCUGGGCUGCUGGUCAGUACCGAGGGUCAAAGAACGCCAAGAUGUCGUUUUUAUUUGACUGGAUCUACAGAGGGUUUAGUAGUGUUUUACAGUUCUUAGGUCUGUACAAAAAGUCUGGGAAGCUGGUUUUCCUGGGCCUGGACAAUGCUGGUAAAACAACACUCCUACACAUGUUGAAAGAUGACCGACUUGGCCAACAUGUGCCGACACUUCAUCCAACUUCUGAAGAGCUGACAAUCGGCGGGAUGACAUUCACUACAUUUGACCUGGGAGGACAUGUACAAGCUCGUCGAGUGUGGAAGAACUACCUGCCGGCUGUGAAUGGAGUUGUUUUUCUUGUAGACUGUGCAGAUCACGACAGACUCUUAGAAUCCAAGACUGAACUCGAUGCUCUCCUCGGAGAUGAGACUAUAGUCAAUGUUCCCGUGUUGGUGUUGGGUAAUAAAAUCGACCGUCCUGAGGCCAUCAGUGAAGGAGGACUUAGAGGAGCUUUUGCGCUCGAUGGUCAAGUUACUGGAAAGGGAAAUGUCUCUUUGAAAGAGCUGAACGCCCGACCGCUGGAGAUUUUCAUGUGCAGCGUGUUGAAAAAACAAGGCUAUGGGGAAGGUUUCAGAUGGUUAUCACAGUACAUCGACUGACAUGAGGCUUAACCAGAAGGGAUUUCCUUGACACAUUUUCAUGAAGCAUGACAAAGACCUUGUCUCUUUGCCAGUGUCAAUCAGCCCCGAUUUCAAACAGUAUUAUUAUUAAGAGCAUAUUAAGAGCAUAUUCUUUUUUAACACUUAAAGCAAUUAUUCAGGAUUUAAAGGUUUCUAUGCAAACUUUUAAAAGUGGUUCAUGGUGAACUGUCCUUUGUGCGUUAUUAGUGUGCGUGUUAACUGAGCUGUAACAAAAGCAGUUAUGCGUUAUGCAAGAAUGUAGAUAUGUGCACGUCAGUGUUGCUUUAUUUGGUGGUUGUGGUGUGUCGUUUACUGCUUGUCUGACAUCAGAUUAAGAUGGCUAAGUUUAGAUUUCAAAAAUUAGACAAACAAGUAAGCAGAAUAUUAAUUUUAGUUCAUUUAAUCUAAUGCUAUGCAGCCACUGCCUUCAAAGCAUAUAGCCAAAGAUGUAUGCUAAUGACUUCGGGAUUAGCAGGGAGAGAUUUGGACUUCAACAAAAGAUAUUUUUCAGGCGAAGCGCUUAGCCAAAACAACGUCAAAUCCCCCUUAGAAACCAAAAAAAGCAGAAAAGACAGCACGUCCCACAAAUAAAUCCAAAGAUGAUGAAGUAAACAGAGUCAAAUUGAACACUGAUGAGUGCGUUCUGACUACGGCGCUUCUCAAAUUCAGUGUCUUGAUGGAACUGGCUUGUUUAUUUCUCUAUCUUUUUCUUCAAUACACUGAUCAGCUUGAACAUUUAAAAGGACUAAAAGGUAGUGAACGAUAUUGAUCAUCCUAUUUCACUGACAUCUGUCAAAAGGUGGAGUAUAUUAGGCAGCAAGUGAACAGUCAGACUUUGAAGUUGAUGUGUUUGAACCAGGGAAAAUGGGCAAGUAUAAAGACCAGAGCAACUUUGACAAAAGCUCAAUUGAAGGCUAGACAACUGGGUCAGGAUGGGUCCAAAAUGGCCAGUCUGGCAUAGAUUGCUUUAGUGGUUAGUAUCACUAAAAUGGUACACUGCAAAAAUUGUUCAGGGAUGGUUUGAUUAACAUGAAAACGAGUGAAAGAUAAUGACUCGGCCACUAAUUUGCCAAGACCUCAAUCCAAUUGAGAAUGUGUGUGAUGUACCAGAACAAGUCAGAUCCAUCGAGGCCCUAACUUGCAACAAAGUUCUGCAUCUGGGCUGGUAGUAGUGCACAACACAGAACAUAGGACAGAACCCACUACAUUAGCCCUGGGUUUUAAAAAUUGCAGCCAUAAGCCGUUUUAGUAGGUCCUUGGCCACAAUAACCCUGCUCCAAGCACCUGACAUAAGCGAUUCUUUGUUCCAGACCAGCAACGUGUUUGUGCCACAGGAUACCACAGGACACCUUUUAGACGUCUUGUGGAGUCCAUGCCUCAAAGUGAACCUACACAAUAUUAGGCAGGUCCUUUUUAAUGUUACGGCUGAUCGAUGUAUGUCGAGUGAUGUUACAUGUUGCGCUGAAGGAAAUAAUUUGAGGUGUCUUAGUCGGACCACAAUGAGUGUUUAUUAUCUUUGACUUUGGGGUGAUAAAAUGUUAAUACAGAACCUUGACAACAUUUCAAUGGCUGCUCUUGCUUUAUUAUGUCAUGAAGGCUGUAAUAAUGCGUUGCCCUAAAAAUGUCAGUGUGCAAUAAAGUAGAAUAACCAACUGCACCGUAGCAGAGACAAUCUUACUCCACUGUACUUGAGAGUAAGAAGGGAUAAAUGUAGCUCUGAGCCAUUAAUGAAUUAAUUAGUUUAUUUAUUUUUGUUAUUUAUUACUUUAUAGCAAUAUGAGGGCACAUAAUUGGCAUGUAAGAUGUGCAACAGGGUUAAAAUCCUGCAUAUGAUUUACUUUUUGACUAUCUGAAAAGAUAUGAGAGUGAACAUGCGAACAUGCUAACCAUUGUUUUUUCAAUCUGAAUGCUAAAGUGUUUCUGUUCUUUGUCUUGUUUACAGUCUAACAUUUUAAAGUGUUUUAUUUAUUGAUAUUUGCAGGGAUAUUUGUGACUGAGAUGGAAAGACGCAUAAGAAACAGAUUUUAUACAGCGAAUCGUGAGUGUUUACUCAGAUAUAGCAUGCAUGUAAACAAACCGCUUUUCCUUUGAACAGUGUUCUGACCCAGUUGCUGAGUCCUGUAAAUUAUGUAUAAUACAGAUGUAAAUGUUUGUAUAGUAGCUGCCCAUUAGCUGACACUUAAGGUACUGGAGUUAUUUAUAAACUGAACUAUAACUUGAAUAAUUAUCUGUGCAAAUCAUUUCACCUGAAAAAAAUGACGACAUCCACACAUAAAGAUAGAUCUUGAUGUAUGUACUAAGUGGUUCAUGUGUAAUAAAGACUAAACUGAUCAUGUGUCACUUUGAUUUUUAACUUCAAUUAAAGUCUUUUCACACACUUGUA